AGUUGAGGGAAGAGGGGGGAGGCGGGAUCGCGCUUUCCGUGUCUGGUUAGUGGACUGACAGCCAGCUGUGCGGCUACAACGACAACAACAACCUCCUGGAUUUGCUACAUACAAUUCGAUUAGUGUUGGCCGGCUACUGAACAUAUUCGUACUCUAUAGCUAGUUUUUCAAGUGAUUACUCGACAGCAAAUAGCUCCAAGCAGUAUCGUCGGCGGUUUCCGUGCUAACUCGCUAGAAGAGCAUUCCUCCAACAUGAAUCCGUUGUGUGGCAGAUGUAAUCUAGUCGUUUACCCCACGGAAAAAGUGAAUUGUCUGGACAAGUAUUGGCAUAAAGGAUGCUUCAGCUGCGAGGUCUGCAAAAUGACUCUAAACAUGAAGAAUUACAAAGGCUUUGAGAAGAGACCAUACUGCAAUGCACACUACCCCAAGACAAACUUCACCUGUGUGGCUGAUACUCCAGAGAACCUCCGCCUCAAACAGCAGAGCAAGAUGCAAAGCCAGGUUCUCUACAGGGAGGAUUUCGAGAAGAAUAAAGGGAAGGGUUUCAGCGUGGUCGCAGACACGCCAGAGCUGCAAAGAAUGAAGAAAACACAGGACCAAAUCAGCAAUAUUAAGUACCAUGAGGACUUUGAGAAGAGGAAGGUGGGAGGAGAGGGCCCACUUCAUCCGCCAGGCAACCAAGGAGCUUACCAGCCCCCUGCUGCCUCCCAGAACUACCACUAUGAGCCUGCUGCUGAACCUGUGCGCCAGGCAGCUGCCGCUCCACCUCCCAGUGCUGGGAAGCGAUACAGAGCAGUGUACGACUACUCUGCUGCCGAUGAAGACGAGGUGUCCUUCAUGGACGGAGAUGUGAUCGUAGACGUGCAGCAGAUUGACGAGGGCUGGAUGUACGGCCGCGUGGAACGCACCGGCCAGCAGGGAAUGCUGCCUGCUAACUACGUGGAGGCCAUCUGAGUGAGGGGGGGGGUGAAAAAAAGAGGGAGAGAAAAAAAGAGGAGUAGGUAGAGAAAGGGAGGGAAAGAAGGAAAGGAAAAGCCCAGUGCCAUCUCAUCUUAAUGCCGCUUUCUCUUAAUUUUACUCUUGUUCCUUAAUCUGUCCUGUGAGACCCUGAACCCCCUUCCUUCUGCAUCCCUGCUCUGCUCUCACUGUUCUGCAACCACAGAACCAUCUAUCUAUCUGUCUGUCCUUCUCUGUCCGUCUGCCUGCUUCUCUGUCUGUCCGUCUGCGCUGACGCCCGUCCCUGUCCGGACGUCCUCUUUGUCUCUUUCCCCAUCUUGGCUCCACCCUGGUGCAAGUCUUAAAAGAUAAACUCACAGUUCAUCGCAGUAUGUCAGGGGUCAUGCCGUGUCGCACACCUCCAUCCUAGCUCUAGCACUUAACAAUCCUGACACAACAUCUUGCAAAAAUAAAGAAAAAAAAAAUAUUUGAAAAAAAAAUAAGUCCCCACAAGUCGCUCAACACUGCAGACAUUUUUCUGUGAAGACUCUUGGAGUGUGGUUGAGUGUGACAUCUUUCUAGGCCUGUUUUUUUUUUCUUUCUUUAAUUUUGCAGCUUGAAAUUGGCCUGACUGGAAACACAGUGUAGAAUCUCAGUCUAUCAGAAGUAAGCUUGAAUAUUUUUGACUUGUGUACAUUCCUUUAACCUCUAACCCUGUUGCUGUUGCUUCAAUCAGCCAGUUAUCAGUCUUAACAGAGAGGUUUUUAAUAUAUUUAUAGAUGGACACACAUCUCGCUGAUUUCUGCUGAAGUAGGCACCCUCGUGUUCAGCACUGCUUUGUGGUUAUUGUUGUGAAACUGGAAUCGUAGCCUAACUGAAGAGUACCUCCUGUCAUUGCCCUCCUCAGGCAUCUUGGAUACAGGAGGGAUCAGGGACAAGUUAGGGGACAUUAUCAGUCUAUCUCUUGCAGCCACACUGAAUACACCACCACCACCUCAGCUGGUGUGCCUGUACAAUAUAUACACCAUUAUUCCUGUUAUGUUUUGCAGCCUGAAUGCCUUCAAUCCUGAUAGACUCACAAAGAUAUGGUGAUCGAGCUCAAACUACUUGCAAAAAGGAGAUAGGAACAGGACCGUUCUUCCCCUGUGCUACAAAAAAUCACCAUUAGAGAAAACACAUUUUUAUGAGAAGAAGGCCAAGCACAACUCUAUAUUGUGAAUCUUUAUUUUAAGUGUAUUCCACUGUUUCGUGAGAGAUCAUUCCAAUCUUUACUUCCAUUUAAUGUGAGAGAACUUGUUGAAUCCUUGGCUGUGGUAAAUGUCAUUUUUCUCUUGCUGUUCUUCCUUUGCUUUCCUUGUUAUUGUGUUUUCAAAGUGUAUGAAAUAAACAAACCAGCAACUCAAUUUGUGAACCAAGACAAUUGAAUUCCUGUAGAACUGUGCAGUCGCAGUAUUAGAUCAGUGGUGGGAUUAAUUAACUUGCAGUUUGGGGAGAGAGCUGCCUGGCGGUUGAUCUGUCUUAUGCUGUUUAAUUAUUGAGCAGCUUCUGAAAAGUGUUACAGAACGGCAUUGUGAGCGCGCAUGAAAGACAGUGUGGUUGUUUAAACAUCCAUUAAAGCGGGCGCAUUUGGACCAUCUGCCAGUGUCAACCAUAUCACCUGGCCUGUAAAAUUCAUAAGCUGAUGAUUUCGGAACAUAAAGACAAAAUCAAGCAUGAUGUUGCUGGUUAUUUUAUAGAAAUGCUGUACCAUUCUUCUUGUCUUGAUACAGUAUUUCUGUUUAACAGAAAACAUUUGUCCGUGGUGUAAAUACAGUAACCGGCCCCUGACCAUACACCCCCUUCCCCCUCUCUUGCUGUUUCAUUCUCCUGUGAUGCACUGUGACCGUCGCAGACGCGAGCGAUCAGGGCGCUGCGUUUUUAGGUGGGGCAAAACCUUUCAGCUUUAUCGAAUAAAACACGGCUCUUGACUAUGUAGCUAGAUGACAUUGUACAAUUGUAUCAUAAAGGUAAGUUAGGAGAAAUGUUUUUACAGGUCAUGGUGCUCUGGGAAGUGGCUUGCCUGCAAGUGAAAGAGGUUCAUAUUUGUUGUGAAUCUGGGGGAGGGGAGGUGAAAUUAUAGAAGGUGGUGAUUGAAAAGUCCGGUUUGGUGCAAGUUGGUGUCGAACUUUAAUUAAAAAUAAAAUUAAAAGAUGAAUUAUUUCAGUGCUGGUGAAAAACACAUGUUUAUAGAUUGGCAAAAUGAACAUACAGUACAGGAUUUUUUGCCUGCAUUUUGCAUCAACUUCUAGUUGACAACAGGAAAGGAAAGCCGUUUAGUGCUGUGUGUUUCUCUUGGGUAAACUGAAGAGUUGGUGGGUUGCCUUGGAGUAGGUGAUUCUCGUUCCUGACUUAUGAUGUCGUUUGCUCAGAUUUAAUUUAAUAACAAAGCUAGCGGACUCCAUAACUUCUGCAGAUUGCGUCUAAACUUCCUUGUAUCUCAAGGGUGUUGAUUUUGUCAGGAUUUUGUCUGGAUUUAAAAAAAAAAAAAAGACUCUAGACAACCAGUUUUGUUAUAGUGUGGCUUAGGAUGGAUUUGUAAAGGCAAAGUCAAAUCUAAGUGUGGGCAAGAUGUUUGUCUGACCUGGAUGUUAAGAGUUAACCUCUCUGCGCCAAAUAUCGCCCCUCUGCUCUGCCAUCACUACUGAACCGUAGAGUCAUAUCACGACCCUGCUUCCAUUCAGUUUCCUUCUAGUAUCCUGUCCAUCCUCCUACUGCAACCCCUCUUUUCCUUCAUCGUCGGCUCCCGUGCUUCUGAUGAAUCAUUCCCUGCUUCUAUGACGCUGGUUAUAUACUGUAGACUUUGCAGAGUGAAAUCAUAUAAUCCACAGUUGCAGGUUUAGCGUUCAGACCAGUUUUUUGCAUUCCAUCUUAAAUUGUUUUGUUUUUGAUAUAAUUUUGUUAUUUUUUCAAUAAAAAAAAAAUAAAGAUACCAUAUGCAUAUUGACAUACACAUGUAUUCACUGCUCAGAAUACACUCAGAUUAAGGACCUGAUAUCAUCUCCUGUUGCCCUGUUACAGCACUUCAAAUUGUACUUAUGAUUCUGCAGAUUCAAUAAAAAUGUCAUUUUUUUCUCAGA